AUGCAAAACUUUAAAAGACUUUAGAGAUUAAAUGGUUCUUAUUUGUUAGAUUAGCAUUAGAAUAGGAUAUCCAUAAUUAUAUAAAUACCCUUGGCAGACACUAUGAACUUUGUUUUCAAUUCAAGAUUACCAUAUUAAGGCUACUGUGAUUUGAAUUCAGAUUAUUAAUUGCCACUAAAUUACUAGCCAGUUUGGUAUUUUGAAGAGGAAUAAUCAACAACUUUAUAAAUAAUACAAAAAGACUACACUUAAAAUUUUCAAGAAAAAUUCAUUAUCAAAGGAGAUUUAGAAUCUGAAAGCUUUAUCCUUUCUGAAGAUAACGACACUUCUAUUUAAUUAUAAUUUAUUUCUGUCAAUGAACUUACUCAAAAAAUAUGUAUAGGAAAUGGACUUCUAAAUUUAGCAAAUGGAAAUAAAAAUAACAUUUUUAUAUAAGGAUACUAGUAAAACUAACUAAUUAGUCCUAAUUUUUAAAUAAGUGGAAGCACUUUCAAUUCAAAUGAUUUAUUUGAAAUAAAUUAUAAUAUUACAACCAACAUUUCUUAUCCUAUAUUAAAGACUUAUUCUAGUAACAAUUGGGAUGUAUAAAUGGCUGGAAUAUUUUUAGGAGAUACUGACAUGACAGCUAUUGCUCAUUUUAAAAAUUUUAUAAUUCAAACUUAUACUUACUCAGCUCUUCCUAUAAAUUAGCAUCCCUUUGGCAGAGUUUAUGUUUAUAGGCUAUUAAGGGUAGUGCUAAAUUAAUACUUCUUCAUCAUAUUUGCUUUUUGGAUUUAGACAAAUAAUUUAGAAUAGUAUAAUAUUCAAUCCACUCCAAGGUGA